CUCUCCCUCACUGUUCACAGCCCACCUGGUCGAGUCCUCUUACUAGGCCAGCCAAUGUACUAUAAUCCGACCAUCCGGGGUCCGUCGUCCAAUUUCUCGUGCUCCCCAAGCCGUUGAGAAAUCUCCGUGUUUGUGCUUCAGCACCACUUGGACCAACUGCGUCAUUCUCGGCAUCUUCCGCCAUCUUUGCUUUUUUUUCUUCCUCCCUGUGGUCUUGGGCUGGAACAGAAACGAUGAACUAUUCACCUCCUACGUGUCAGUGAAGCUCGCUAUUAGCCCUCGUGGCACAUGUUUGACGGCCUCGUAUGAUCCUGAUUGUGGUUGCACCUUGAGAGUUGCUACAGAAAGUGCUGCCCUAAGCUUGAUCGGGCCUGACGUUGGCCUCUGUCUUCAAGAGAAGCUUCUCUAUAAACCUGAGCACGUCGUACCCUUCACCGAACACCCCUCUCAACUUCGUCAUGUCAUGGAGGCAAAAGAUCUCCAGCCGUUGGGCCAAAACGAGCCAAUCGUCGAGCCCGACGAGAGUGAGAAGGCGCAGAAGCAAUCAUGGACCAAGCCUCCUCCGGAUCCCGAGUCCAACUCCGAGUCAGAUGCAGACUCGGACGAAGCAUCCAUCAAUUCAUACGAGACACACCAGCUCGACAUCUACGAAGAGAAUAACCGUCGCUACCCCAACGAUUCAUACCACAUGCCCAACGAUGAACCCGAACGAACCCGUCUGAACAUCGUCCACCAGAUCUACCUCAUCCUCCUAGACGGUCAUCUAACCGCCGCCCCCAUAGUCACCAAUGCGCCUCGCGUCCUCGACAUCGGCACCGGUCCCGGUGACUGGGCCAUUGAAAUGAGCCACGCCUACCCUCACGGCACUAUCAUUGCUUCUGACAUCGGCGUCUUCGACAACGCCCUCGGCCAUGUCGACCUCCCCAACCUCUCCUUCCACCUCGACGACGCCCGCGACGAAUGGGCCUACGACAUCCCCUUCGACCUCAUCCACCUCCGCGGCCUCUCCGGUGCCUUUCCCAACUGGUCCUUCAUCUACCAGCAAGCCUUUGACCACCUCGCUCCCGGCGGCUACCUCGAAGUCGCAGAUACCGACUUCGCCGCUGAAACCAUGAUUUCCCUCCCGCCGAACUCCUACCUACGUCUCUUUGCCUCCGCCCUUCGCUCCGCAGACUACUCGGCAGGUUACCUGCGCGAUCUGAGCCAUCUCCAGCCCGCGCUCUUCCGUGCCCAGGGGUUCAUCGAUAUCGAUGUCCGCGAGUACACGUUCCCCAUCGGUCUGUGGCCCGAGUCGCCGCAUGACCGAACCGUCGGCAAGAUGGGCCUCAUUGCCUUAUUGGAGGGCCUGGAAUCAUAUAGUUUGCGUGCCCUGACCACAACGUAUGGCUGGGUGGCGGAGGAAGUGCGCGAACUAUGUGACCAGGUGCGUGCGGAAAUCUUGCAAGGCGUGUAUCGCAUUAGUGCGAGGGUGAAGAUCGUGACGGGGCGGAAGCCGUUGACGUGAGCAGAUAUGUGGAUAUCUAUUUCUUUCUUCUUGUUCUGUUGAUGACCUUAUGAUUAUGAUUUUUAUUAUCACUUAUACCAUACCGUGGAUCGGUAUGGACUUUGAUCAGGCUUUAUCUUGAAGAUAUAACCUCCAAGGGAGACAGUUAGGACAUUUAUGUAUCUAUUCUCUCGCACAGUCCAUAUAGAUGUGAUAUCUCCAACGUACAUACAACAAU